GUUUGUGUUUGUUGUUAAUACUUUUAUCAGCUCAUAUUACAUUUCGCUAAACAUUGUCAGUCUCCAUUUAAUUGCCGGUUCGUAACGUUUGAAAGAGUUUUUUUCUUAUUCGAAAAUGUCAACAAUUAUAAAAAGAAUCAUUUCUACUGCAAAGGCACCAAGACCUGCCGCACCUUACAACCAAGCUAUUGUCGUUGACCGCACUGUUUAUUUAUCAGGUGUCCUAGGAAUUGAUAAAGACUCUGGAAAGUUAGUAUCAGGCGGAGCAGCAUCGGAAGCUACAAAAGCAUUAGAAAAUAUGGGAAAUAUCUUAGAAGCAGCGGGAUCAAAAUUUGAAAACGUUAUUAAGUGCACUGUAUUGCUAAAUGAUAUUGCAGACUUUGCUGCUGUCAAUCAAGAAUACACUAAAGUUUUCACAUCAAAUUUCCCAGCAAGAACAUGUUUCCAGGUUGGAAAACUGCCACUUGGUGCAUCUGUAGAAAUCGAAGUGAUUGCAAUUACCGGUGAUGUCAAAACUGAAAUUGUCAGUGUCUCAAAGAUAAAGAAUCUAGCUGUUCACAUAAUGACUUCAACAAUUGUUAAAAAAAUUAUAUCAACGUCACAAUGUCCACGGCCAGUUGCAACUUACAACCAAGCUAUUGUUACUGAUCGAAUAGCUUAUUUAUCAGGAGUUGUUGGAAUAGAUAAAGACACGAAUAAAUUGGUUCCCGGUGGAAUUGUUCCUGAAACGAUUAAAGCACUUGAUAAUAUUCUGAAGUUAUUAAACGCGGUCGGUUCAAAUGUUGAUAAUGUUAUCAAAUGUACUUUGCUAUUAAAUAACAUUAACGAUUUUUCUGUCGUGAAUGAAGAAUAUGCUAAAGUUUUCUCAUCAAAUUAUCCAGCACGAACGUGCUACCAAGCUGGAAAUCUUCCAAUUGGCGCUGCUAUUGAAAUAGAAGUCAUUGCUGUAGUUGGUAAUGUUAAAGUGGAAGUAGAAAAUUCCACUCACAAAUUGUAAUUGCGUUGGCACAACUAAAUAAAUGUCGAGGAAACAAAACAAAUAAGAAACGUGUUUUGAAUAUUUUUCUUCUUUU